AUGAACGUCUGUGCGCACUAUACCGAUGCCGAGCGCCGGCUGGCGCCGCCGGCGGGGCAGGACGUGUACAAAGACGAGUGCCUCUUGUGCUUUGACUCGGCAGACGUGCCGAGUGGCGUGAGUGUGUGCGCCACCUGCUUCCAGGCGGGGUGCCUCGGCGACCGAUCGCACGCCGGGCUGCACUACCACAAGAGCGAGCACCCGAUCGUCGUGACGCUCACACGCACGCCCAAGCCGCGUGCGCCGCUGACCAAGCUGCAGGUGGUCGAGCGCCCGGAGGAGGAGGAGUACACGUAUAGCUGGACGCCGCGCUGUGUCGCGUGCGAUCCGACGCACGGGCGCGAGCUGCCCAAGACGGACGUGCUGACGGCCGUCGCCGAGGGCAUCCUGCGCGCCACCUCGUCCGCACACAAGGCCGAGGUGCAGGCGUGGGAAGAAGAGGUCGUGCCGUGCGAGCACACCAAGCACCUCGCACAGACCGACGCCACGCCGCUCGAGCUCGCCAAUGCGGCAUGCGCCGAGUGCGGCCUGACGUCGAACCUGUGGCUCUGCCUGUCGUGCGGCCACCUCGGGUGCGGCCGCGCGCAGUUUGGCGGCGUCGCGGGCAACAGCCACGGCCUCGCACACUUUGAGGCGUCGGGGCACCCCUGCAGCGUCAAGCAGGGCACCAUCACCGCAGAAGGCACCGGCGACGUGUACUGCUACGCGUGCAACGACGCGCGUGUCGAUCCGGCGCUCGGCGAGCACCUCGCACACUUUGGCAUGAACGUCGCCGAGCAGAGCAAGACGGAAAAGAGCAUGACCGAGCUGCAGCUUGAGCAGAAUGCACGCUUCGACUUUAGCAUGACCACCGACGACGGCCGCGCGCUCGAGCCGCUGUUUGGGCCGGGAUACACGGGCCUGCGCAACCUCGGCAACAGCUGCUACAUGGCCUCGGUGCUGCAGGCGCUCUUUGCCUUGCCCGCGUUCCAGGCGCGGUACAACUCGACGGAGCACGCCCAGCACAUUGCCGAGUGCAGCGCGAUGCCGGCCGCGUGCCUCGCGUGCCAGCUGGGAAAGCUGGCCGACGGCCUGCUCUCGGGCCGCUACGCCGUGCCGCGUCCGGGCGCCGAGGGAGAAGUGGCGUUCCAGGCUGGCAUCAAGCCGGCCAUGCUCAAGGCGCUCCUGGGCCGAGGCCACGCCGAGUUUGGCACAAUGCGCCAGCAGGACGCCGACGAGUUCCUGCAGCACUUUGUGCAAAAGGUGCACAACGAGCCGCACCCGGACGUCGAUCCGACACACGCCUUGUCGUACGCGCUCGAACACCGCCUGCAGUGCACACAGUGCAAGCGCGUGCGGUACAGCGAAGAGCCCCGCGAGGUCGGCGUCGCGCUCCCGGUCGCGGUGCGCGAGCGCGCGUCGGACGACCGGCACGCGGACGCGGCUAGCGGCAGGCUCUACGAGCCAGUGACGCUCAAAGAAAGCCUCGCUGCAUUCACCACACCCGAGUCGUUGCCCUACCACUGCCCGGCGUGCCACACCGAGGUCACGGCAGAAAAGACGACCAAGUUCAAGACCUUCCCAGAAGUGCUCGUCGUCCAGGCACAGCGGUUCCAACUGGUGAACUGGGUGCCGCAAAAGGUCAAUGUCCCGUUCCAGGUGCCGCUCGAGGGCGAGCUCGACAUUGCCGCCUUCCAGGGCCACGGCAUGCAGAGCAGCGAAGAGGCGCUUCCGGACGAUGCAGCGCCGGACACGGUCGACCUCGAGGCGCUGAGCAUGCUCACGGCCAUGGGCUUUAGCGAGAACCGCGCGCGCCGCGCGCUGGACGCCGCCGGAAACGCCGAGGCGGCCGCCAACUGGCUCUUUGAGCGCAUGGAAGACGCGUCGCUGGACGCGCCGCUCGGCGAGUCCAAGCCGGACACGUCGAUGCUCGAAGAGAUGGGAUUCAGCUCAGCGCAGGCUACCAAAGCACUGCGCCUCACGGGCAACCCCGAGGCGGCAGUGGCGUGGCUCUUUGAGCACCCCGACGACACGGGCGACGUCGACGCGCCGAGCGGGCCGCCGGCGACGCCAGGCCUCGUCGACGCCCCGCGCUACCGCCUCGCGAGCUUCAUCACACACCGCGGCCCGUCGGUGCACAGCGGCCACUAUGUCGCCCACGUCCACCACGGCACCGAGCCCAAGGAGGGCUGGGCGUUCUUCAACGACGAAAAGGUCGUCCGUGCGCCGUUUGCACGCGAGCCGGAGGCGUCGAACGACUCGAGUGUCGAGCAUCUCUCGGAGCUCGCCUAUCUCUACGUCUUCCACCGCGUCUAG